AUGAUAUGGAGAAGGCACCUCUCAACGGGACAAGGAUACAAGAAGAUUUCCAUUGUGGGCUCUGGUCCAGCUGGAUUUUUUACUGCAUAUCAUUUAUUAAACAAAUCAAAAAUCCCCAUACAUGUGACAGUAUGGGAGAAACUGCCAACACCGUUUGGAUUAAGUAGAUAUGGCGUUGCCCCUGAUCAUCCGGAGGUGAAGAACUGUGAAGAAACAUUUACAGAAUGUGCUCGAAAGUUUAUCUCUGAUAAACACCAUAAAUUUGAAUUCAUUGGUGGAGUAGAAAUCGGUAACCAAAUAAAACUGAAAGAUUUAUUAAAAUCGCAAGAUGCAGUAGUGUUAAGUUAUGGAUGUACGGGAGAUAAGAAACUACAUAUACCUGGUGAAACAGACACGAGCGGUGUUUUUAGCAGUAGAAAUUUUGUCAAUUGGUAUAAUGGACAUCCUGAUAUUGCGCAGGAUCCCAAAUUAUUAGAUUUUGAAUGGUCUAAGGUUAAAAAUAUAGGAAUUAUUGGGAAUGGUAACGUUGCCAUGGAUAUCGCUCGUAUACUUUUGAGUAAUAGAAUAGAUGCUAUCUGGAAACAUACUGAUAUUUCUUCUGUUGCACUUGAGUGUCUAAGGAAUGCACCUAUCGAAAAUGUUAAGAUUAUUGGUAGAAGAGAUUUUGUUCAUUCUAAAUUUACCAAUAAAGAAUUAAGAGAACUAUGGCAAUUGGAAAGAUACGGAAUAUUCGGUAAAAUUGAUAAAGAGUAUUUCCAUGAUGGCAUGUUCGAUUUAUCACAAUUUGAUCGUGCUUUCAAGCGUAGGGUAGAAAUGUGUUCCGAAUAUCUGAAACCAUUUACUCAGAGGAAAAAAAACUUCAAGAAAUUCCCAAUACCUUCACCUUCAGAUGUUUAUGAUAAACGGACCUGGGAGCUUGACUAUCUAUUAAGUCCCAUAAAAAUAAAUAAAUGCCCACAGACUUCCAGGCUUGAGUCCUUAACUUUAUCUCACAAUAAAUUAGCUCUACCAGAAAACAAAGUAAUCAAAGACGAAGAGAAGGCUGAUGUUGAAUAUCCUAUGGAUCUUUUAAUCACUUCUCUCGGCUAUGCAGGGAUCCCACUAGAAGAGUUCAAUGCAUUGGGGAUUGGUUUUGAAAGGGGACAUGUGGCAAACAAGCAGGGACGUGUCUUAACUACAACAAAUGAUUUAUAUCCGAAAUUAUACGCAUCGGGUUGGAUUAGAAAGGGAAGUCAGGGAGUCAUUGCCUCAACAAUGGAAGAUGCAUUUGAGGUAGGUGAUAGAGUUAUUCAAGAUUUAUUUGUUCAGCCUUCAACAACAGAAUCUUUUGACAUCAAUCUUGGUAAAAUAAGACACACUACAUGGGCUGAUUGGGAGAGGAUAAAUAGGCAGGAAUUAAAAAAUGGAAAAGAAGAAGGAAAGAAAAGGACGAAAUUUUUGUCAAUUGAAGAUAUAAUGAAUAGUAUUAAAAGUUGA